AGAUGGUUCUGCGCAUGACCACACGUGUAUCGCUUGCUGCUGAACCUUGCUGUGCAGGAGGCCUGGGUCCAGGGAUUGCGGCAGCCCUCGGACAUGUUACCUUUCUCUUUACGGCGCUUGGCCCAGCCUCUUCGGAGACUCAGCCAUGUUCGGGCCCAGCACACAAAGACUUUAUCUCAGGCUGGAAACCAUUCAUGGACUGGACAGGAAAGUCUUGCAGAAGGUGACCCUGAAAUGUGGGAUCUCGUACAGAAAGAAAAAGAUCGGCAAUGCCGUGGGCUGGAGAUGAUUGCCUCCGAGAACUUCUGUAGCCGGGCAGCCCUGGAAGCCCUUGGUUCCUGUCUCAACAACAAGUAUUCUGAGGGUUACCCAGGAAAGAGGUAUUAUGGUGGAGCUGAAGUUGUUGACCAGAUAGAGUUGCUCUGCCAGCAGAGAGCACUGGAUGCCUUCAAUCUGGACCCCAAAAAAUGGGGAGUGAAUGUACAGCCUUAUUCUGGUUCUCCAGCUAACUUUGCAGCAUACACCGCUCUCCUUCAACCACAUGAUCGCCUCAUGGGACUUGAUCUUCCUGAUGGAGGCCAUCUUACUCAUGGAUACAUGUCUGACGUGAAACGCAUCUCUGCUACCUCAAUAUAUUUUGAGUCCAUGCCUUAUAAACUAAACCAAGCAACAGGACUAAUUGACUAUGACCAGCUGGAAAUCACUGCGCGUCUUUUCCGGCCAAAGCUUAUCAUCGCUGGAACAAGUGCAUAUGCACGCCUGAUUGACUAUGCCAGGAUGAGAAAGGUGUGUGAUGAAGUGAAGGCUUAUUUAUUGGCAGACAUGGCCCACAUAAGUGGCCUUGUAGCAGCUGGAGCCAUUCCAUCUCCUUUUGACCACUCUGAUGUUGUCACCUCCACGACACACAAGACUCUACGAGGAGCCAGAUCCGGGCUGAUAUUUUACCGAAAAGGAGUUAAAUCUGUUGAUAAGAAGACUGGAAAAGAAAUACUCUACAACUUUGAAGAUAAAAUAAACUUCUCCGUGUUCCCUUCAAUCCAGGGUGGACCUCACAAUCAUGCAAUUGCUGCUGUUGCUGUGGCUUUAAAGCAGGCCAGUUCACCUAUGUUCCGAGAUUAUGCCAUUCAGGUCUUGAAGAAUGCCAAAUCUAUGGCUACAGCUUUGUUGAAGAAGGGUUACACGCUUGUAUCCGGAGGAACCGAUAACCACCUGGUUCUGGUAGAUCUAAGGCCUAAAGGCAUAGAUGGAGCACGAGCAGAGAGGGUGCUGGAACUUGUGUCCAUAACGGCCAACAAAAACACCUGCCCUGGCGAUAAAAGCGCCCUUACACCUGGUGGACUUCGACUGGGUGCUCCUGCUUUAACAUCACGAUGUUUCAAAGAAGCAGAUUUCGAAAAAGUAGUGGAUUUUAUUGAUGAAGGAAUCCAAAUUGGACUCUCUGUGAAGCAAAAGACAAACAAGCUUCAAGAUUUUAAGAACUUUCUUCUCGAGGACCAACAAACUGUAAAACAAAUCGCAGACUUACGACAAAGAGUGGAAAAGUUUGCCAGGGCCUUCCCUAUGCCAGGAUUUGAGGAACGCUAGAUGGAUGGUGGAAAGAAAGUUGAAACAAACAAUCUUGCUUGAAUAUGCAUUUUUGUACAGCCUAGUUAAUUUUAGUUUUUUUUUCUUUUUUUUGCCCCAUAACUUCUUCUAUUUUCUGCACUUUUCAGUUUGUGACCAACUCCCUUCCACUAUAGGUUUCCCAGCCAAUUGUACCAUACAUUACAAAACCAUUAUAGAACUGAUUGAGUGAACAAGCUAUGAUGGUGAUCUCCAUGGUCUUGUCUAACGACUGUCAAUAAAAGCAAUAAAACAG